AUGGAAACCUUGAUCAUUUUUAGAUGUUAGAGGCUUUUAUUGCGAAUUACAAGAGAUACACUUAAAAUGAGCAAUAUGUUGUCUAUGAUUGUAUUGAUCGAUGCUUAGAAGAGAGUUGAUACUUUGAUACAUUCACUCCAAAUUAAAUUAAGGGUAAGUCAUAAAUCUAUCUGCUAAGUAGCACUUUAAAAAUCUUUCCUAGACUUUACAGUUGACUAAAAUGGAGCUCUUAAAUUCAAAGUCAAUUAAUGGCUAACUGGCUUUGAAUAUGCUUUCCUACUGAGGCAUUACAGAGCAUAUAUGGAGCUCAACCCAGGAAAGUAUUUAAUAUCUGACUAUGGGCAUCCACCCCUAAUCUAUGAAAAACCAAAAGCUGGCCAGAUCUACUUUAUUAAGGGUUGGCACCUGAGAGAAUUCGGUUUCCCAAGAGAUUAAUUGAUUAAGAAGAGAUAUAAAUGGAAAAAGAUGAAUUUUACUACAGAUUUGCCAAAGAAUAAUCCACUAUGCACUUAUUUGGUGGCAUCAGCUAAAUACGACUCUGAAUUGCUAAGAAUGCAUGUAGUUGCUUUAUCCUCAGGUAACUAACUGAAGAGAAGAAGAAGAAAGCAGCAGGAGAGGCAUUCAGAUGCAGAUGAUUAUUAGGAUGAGGACUCUCUGAGCAAUCAAAGUUAGGUCAUUUCCUCUGCAAAAUAGGAUUUAGCCUACGAGGAAGAAUCCAAGAAUUAGCCUAAGAUUAAUGAAAUCACUACUAACAUAUCACAAAGAACAAAAAGAUUGAUGAUGAGAAAUGAGUCUUAAAAAUUCAACAGCUACAGUAUUAAAACAAGAAGAUAGCGCUCAUUGCUUUAGAAAUAAAGCCAAAUGAACUUAUUUGAGCCUGAAAUAGUAGUACCUAAGAUUGCGUAUGAUAAUGAAUGCAAUAGGAUUUUCAACUCGAUUAAACCUUUUGAUGAAGAUCAGAUAAAUGCUGAAUUCGUCGAAGCCCAAAAUCUUUUGGAUAAAGCAAAGCAUUAUAUAGACCAUAAAGGAGAGCAAAAUACUAAUAUCUUAAAAAAGCAGAAUUAGAAUUGCUACAAGUUUAACGCAAGUGAAGAUCUGAGUGAAAAUAAAUUGGUAUCAGAAGAAGAAUCUUAGUUUCAAGAGAAUAGCAGUAAUAAUGACAAAUCAAAGAGAAUAAAUGUUCCAAAAUAAUAGCAAAGUUAUGUCACUCCAAAGAUUCGAAGGCCAUACAAGAAAGGAAAGAAGAUCAUAUCUACAAAUAAGGAGUUUGAAUAGAGAAUUCUUCUCCCGUAAAACUAUGAUUCAGACUCUCCUAGUAAAACUUCUUUCUUUGAUAAGGAAAAUCAGCAGUCAUAAAUAUAGUCUUUUGGAGUCAAAGAUUGCAAAUAGUAAUAAUUGGACAAUUAUCAAAAACAAAGCCUGAUGGAUGUACUUGUAAAUAAAGAUAUAAGCUAGAUUUGGAAGUUUCAGGCUAAUAAAUGUCUAACUUCUAAACUAGCUCUGAAGUCAACAGACACUUAUCAAGAUCUGGAGCUCAAAAAACAACAAAAUGAAUAGCAAAUAAUCAUAAAUGCUUAAAAUCUUUAGAACCCCACAACUUAUAUUUACAAUCAAGAUUAUCCAAAGAAUUGCAAUGCCUAUUUGAAUUUCUCCUAGAUUAAUUGGAGAAAGCUAAAAAAUGAGUAGUCUGGCGGUUAUCAUAAUCAAUCAUCAAUGAUGAUGAGGCUUGAAGAAAUUUUGCCAGGACAUCAAGGAAAUAGCCUCACAAUUCCUUGCAACUAUUAGGUAGAAUAGAUUGAUAAUGAGGAAAUAAAUCAAAGUUUCAUGCGAGACUACAACUCAAGAUUUUUCCCCCAAAUAUUCAGCCAGUCAUUGAAGCAUAUCCUUUCCUCAGAGAAGAAAAUAGCCUUGCCUAAAGUUGGGUUCGGUGGAAUGAGUGACAAUUAAAGUCUUGACCUUUUCAAUGAGCAAAUAAAUCAACUUGUGAGAGAGCCCUCAAAUCAUUAAGUCCUAAGAGAGAUAGUAGAGAUGUCAAGCAUGAACUUAGAUCUGGGAAGUUUUGAUUUUGAGAGAAGAUAAGUUCUAAAGGACAUUCCCAGCAAUAUGAUAACCUCCACCUAUAUCCCUGACUAAUUUAACUUGGAUCCUAGCAAGAAGUAUCCUCAGUGA